AUGCAAAUACAAAUACUUGUUUUAUUAUUAUCGUCUACGGUAUUCGCCUAUAUUGGAGAUGGGUUUAUAUCCGUCCCAGUGAAUAAGGUCAAGAGCAGUUCGGGGUUGGUACAUUUUCCUAAUAGAUUGCCCAUUUUCAAAAAGGAUAUAGUUGAUAAACAAGUUGGUAAGAUAUUUACUCCAUUUUUUGGCAACUCAGGGUUUGAGUUGAAUUUGAGUUUGGAAAAGGGGAAAAUAAGCCAAAGUUUGCACUCUUUUGGUGAUAAUACUGGAUGUGGUGAAAGCUCUGGUUUUGGCAUAAAGACAAAAUCAGCCAAAUUUCUGGCAUCCUUCAAUUUACGUCGAGAAGAGCCAGUCUCGAAUGAUACUAGUAGUAGCAGUAGUAAUGGUCAAGGCACCGGUGCCUUUUUCCUCGAUGCUCAUAAUGAGCAAAUACUAUACUAUACUACACUUUCCAUCGGUAAUCCAGGACAAGAAUUAAGUGUGAUGAUAGAUACAGGCUCCUCAGAUCUUUGGGUCGUUGGUACCCAAAACCCAAAUUGCGAUUUUAACGGUGGUUCAAGCGAGUGCUCAAAGUAUGGCUCAUUCGAUAAAUUGAAAUCUUCAACUUUUACACCAAAAGAUGAUGUGUUUGAAUUAAAUUAUUUUGACGGCUCAAUAGCAGAAGGAUUGUACUGUUAUGAUGAUAUUGAAUUCGUUAAAGAUUUUGCACUUACAAAUGCUACUUUUGCAGUAGUUGAAAAUACAACUUCGAAUAUGGGAGUUUUUGGUGUAGGGUACCCUGAAAUAGAAGCGACACCAAACAAGUACACAAACACUCUUUUCCUUAUGAAAGAACAAAACUUGAUUGCCAGAGCUGCAUUCUCUUUGUACUUGGAUGAAGCAAAUGCAGAACAGGGCUAUGUACUUUUUGGUGGUGUUGAUUAUGCAAAAUUUUCUGGUGAAUUGGUGGCAAUUGAUAUUGUACAAGAUGAUGGCAAGUACACGUAUUUGCAAAUCCCAUUAUCUCAUGUAGCGGCUUCGUUGAAUAACUACACUGAUGCUUAUUCUACGCCGCUGGUUGAUGGCACCAACGUUCCCAAGGUGGGUGCUGCAAUAUAUAACGGGACUGAUUCAUUCAAUGGUGGAAUUGAUUUAGGGAACCAGGCAGUGUUGUUGGAUUCGGGAACCACAUACUCCUACUUACCACAGCAACAAGUUGAAAGUAUUUUGGGAUUGUUUGGAAAUGUUACAUACAAUGAUGAUCUCAAAGCGUACAAUGUGCCUUGUUGGAUAGGAAACCCAAGCAAUUAUUUUCAAUUCAACUUUAACCAAGAGAAAGAUAUAAACGUGCCAAUCUCGGAAUUUGUCAUAGAGGUGGGAGUCAACUCUGCAGGUGUGCCUCAGUGUGUGUUUGGGAUUUUGCCUGGUAGCAUGUCCAUUUUAGGUGACAAUGUUAUGAGGUCAGUUUAUGCCAUUUUUGACUUGGAUGCAAAUGUGAUUUCAAUUGCCCAGGCUGCUUACAACAAUGAGCAUAGGGUAGUGACUCUUGAGUAA